AUGUCUGUGCAGAAUCUGCGAUUUCUCAACAGUCGCCAGGCGCUUGAAGAUAUUGCCACGUUUAUCGAGAAAAUGAACGAGAAGCAUAAACUCAAAGACCCAAAAUGGAUUGUCUUUGGCGGAUCAUAUGCUGGUUCUCUGGCCCUUUGGGCUCGACAAAAAUAUCCGAAAUUAAUCGCUGGAGCUGUUGGUAGUUCAGCACUGCUACAACCACGAGUUGACUUUUGGGGUGAGUAG